AUGACCAGGUGUGCUCUGCUGUUGCUGAUGGUCCUGAUGUUGGGCAGAGUCCUGGUUGUCCCAGUGACCCCUAUCCCAACCUUCCAGCUCUGCCCUCAGAAUUCUCCCCAGGCCACUCCCCGACCUGCGGCCUCACAGAGCCCCUCAGCUGCUCCCACAUGGCUGUGGGCUGCCCAGAGCCACCGCAGCCCCACCCGCCACCCUGGCUCGCGCAUUGUCCUAUCGCUGGAUGUCCCCAUCGGCCUCUUGCAGAUCUUACUGGAGCAAGCCCGGGCCAGGGCUGCCAGGGAGCAGGCCACCACCAACGCCCGCAUCCUGGCCCGUGUCGGCCGCCACUGA